AUGGACGAAGUCACACAAGCUGUUGAAAAUCUGAAGAAAGAAUGGAGCCAAGCAGUUUCACAGCUUGAGGAGAACAUUACUGCAAUCGAAUCAUGUGGAAAAACAGGGAAAGGAACAGAGGAAGCAAAUUCUCUUCCGAGGUUGAAUGGUUCUGCACAGGAUGCUUUGCAGCUGCUCAAGUCACUGCAGUUCCGGCUUGAUCUUCUAGCACAGCAGCUUCCCACUUUUGAUGAAGUGCAGUCUGGCCAAGCAACCUUGAAGUCAUGGGAUGAACAAUACAAGAAGCUUCGUGUUAGCCUGAGGAAUGCUAACUUACAAGCAAAAGAUAACAUUAGACAAGCUGCUCAAGAGGAGAGGGCACUUCUUCUGGGUGGUGGCGAAGAGUCUACCAUCCGUAGGCGUAAUCUCCAGACAAAGGCUGGAAUGACAUCUGCUGCUGAAAGUAUCACUGAGAGCCUCCGACGGUCUCGCCAGAUGAUGGUUCAGGAAGUGGAAAGAAAUGCUAGUACCUUGGCAACAUUUGACGAAUCAACAAGUGUUCUCCGGAAGGCUGAAGGUGAAUAUCAAGGACACCGCUCUUUGCUGAUGCGUACCCGUGGUUUGCUCUCCACGAUGCAACGGCAAGAUGUUCUUGAUAGGAUCAUCCUGACUAUCGGUUUCAUCAUCUUCUCCUCGGCGGUUCUUUAUGUCGUCUCAAGACGUAUUGGCCUGUUGACGCUGCAAAGGAAACUGGCCAACGCCAUCAGAUCAGGUUCAUUAUCAGCUGAGGACAUUGUAGCGAAAGCCCAACACGGACCUGUGGCCCUAGCAAAUGCUCCUGCUCCUCCUCCCAUUUACGAUGAACUGUGAAGAAUCACUUUUAGUCUCCGUUCUGUGGAUGUGUAUCCUAGAGCAAUUGCUAAGUUUUUGGUUGCAGUCAGAAGACGAUGCUCUUCAGUCUCCACCGGUGAAAUCAAUUAGAAUGCCCUGACGGCGAAGUCUCCUGGAUGAAGCUUAGUGCUGCUGUCUUCGAUGUUUAGAACAUACGGAGUACUAGGAAUAUCCCCCUACAAAUCAACAUCCCUGUCAAUCACCUCCAAUCCUCUUGGGUUGAGGAUGAGCCAGACAAGAUCUUGUGCUGCCUACACUUAAACAGGCUCAGGUGGUUGUAACCGCUGAUUGGAGUAUCGUAGUAGGAUCCUGCAGGACGAUUUCAGAGUAUAAAAGCUCGUUCAGAUGUAUAAUUGUCCCAGCGGCCCUCUAUUGAAGGUUAAAAAAUAAUUUUAAAAAAAAAACAGGCCCUAUUCAAGUUGCAUGAGGUAGCCUGGGUUCGUUUCAUGCAAAAUGAGCCUGUUUGUUUGAGUUCAUCUACUUGCAUGAGGUAGCCUUGGGUUCACUUUAUGUAAAAUGAGUCUGUUUGUUUGAGUUUAUCUACUGAAUCUAUCAGUCAUUAAGUA